GAGACCUUUUUAUAUGAUCGUUGGUAUUUCAGAACCAACAGAACAGAAGAGACACGAAGUCUCAUUUAAUGCCACGACUAUUCUGUCCUCAGUUAAUGCUAGCAACUCGUGCGGAUUAUUGAUCAGUCUCAGUGACGUAGUUAAACAAAUGGUCGAACAUUUAAUCGGUUGGAUACACUGGUGAAAGGUACCGCUGUCAGUAAUAAUACGACUACUACACCGCAAGAUAUUUUUAUCGAUAAUGCCGACGCCUCAGAUGCGAUCAAGUAGAGUCAAACAAAGGUUAUCAACGAUGCAUUUUGGAUAUUCCAUCAAACAGACGAAAUUUCUGUGAGAAGCCUUCGCAUGGACAAAUGGCUCCAAGAUAGAAAGCUUUGGCUUUUAGGUAGCACACUACCUCUGCUACCAAGGAGGUCACGCGCGCCAAGCAAGGCGAUGGACCGAUACGAACGACUGGCGCGUCUUGGGGAGGGUAGCUACGGUGUAGUCUUCCAGUGUAGAGAUCGGCAAACUGGAAAAUUGGUAGCUGUUAAAAAGUUCCAACAAACUGAGGAUGAUCCUCUUAUACGCAAAAUCGCACUACGUGAAAUAAGGCUUCUUAAGAAUUUGAAACAUCCGAAUUUAGUCAAUCUUCUGGAGGUCUUCAGACGGAAACGGAAAUUGCACCUAGUCUUCGAAUAUUGCGAGUACACGCUACUGAACGAGAUGGAGAGGUAUCCGAGCGGAUGUCCAGAAAUCACCACGAAGCAGCUUACAUGGCAAAUUCUGCAGGGCAUCGCGUAUUGUCAUCGACUAGGUUGCGUUCACAGGGAUGUAAAACCGGAAAAUAUUUUAAUUACAGCCGAUGGCGUAGUGAAAUUGUGCGAUUUUGGUUUCGCACGAAUGCUCAGUCCUGGUGAAAAUUACACAGAAUACGUCGCAACUAGAUGGUACAGAGCGCCUGAACUGCUGGUAGGAGAUACUCAAUAUGGUACACCAGUCGAUGUGUGGGCAAUUGGUUGUGUUUUCGCAGAAUUAAUACGUGGAGAAGCGUUAUGGCCAGGAAAAUCAGACGUGGAUCAAUUGUAUUUAAUUCGAAGGACUAUUGGUGACUUAUUGCCGAGACACAUAGCUAUUUUUCAGCAAAAUGAAUUUUUCGCUGGUAUCACUUUACCGACUCCUCAAACCCUCACGCCCCUCGAAACUGCUCUACCUAAUAGAGGCAAUACAAUUCUACAGCUUGACUUUCUUAAGAAGUGUUUGAACAAAGAUCCUGACGAAAGAUGGUCUUGUGAACAACUUCUACAACAUUCUUAUUUUGAGAAUUUUCAUUUCAAAAUGCCCGAAGUUGAAAUGGAGGAAUUCGAUAAGCUUAAAAAAUAUCGAGAUCGAUCACGAAAUAGUAAUUACAGUCAAAUGGUAUUACCCCAACUUCCCAAGCCUGGUGCUUCAGUACAUAGUCAAAAUGAAAAUCGGCCGAAAAGCUCCUCCAUGCAUCAUCAGCAGCAGGACUUCGAUCAUCUGCCUAUGAUUAAAGGCUGUAAUUAAGCUCCUCUGUGAUUGUAAUAUAAUUAUACAUGUAUACAUAUAUAUUUAUUUGACUAUUUAUUUAAACUUUAUAGAUUUUCAUUAUAUCAAUUAAUGAUUGUUAAUAAAUUUUAUUUUUGUUUUGCACGUUUGUGUUUAUAACUACUGAAGAGAUUUUGUUUAACUAAUAUGAUUUCAAUAUCAUAUAUAUAUAUUUAUUUAUUUAUUGUAUCUAUAUUACAUAUACAUCUUAAAAUAAAAUUUUGUAUAAAAUAA